AUCACAUCCAAUCCAUUGACGAUCAUCAAAUCCAUCUCUCUCUCUCUCUCUCUCUCUCUCUCUCAUGCCUUCUCUGAGGUUUCUCUCUCUAAAACUUUGAUUUCUAUCAAAAUGAUUAACAAUUUACUUCUCGUGGUCUCUCCGAAACCGAAGCUCUGCUUCGCUCGAACUUCAAAAUUCAACUUUGACAGCGUUCACUUCAAUGCUAACCUCUCUAAACGCCGCCGUUUGGCUCUCCGGCCUCGUGCGUUCCCUAAGUUCACCCUCUCAAGUUCUCUCCAAACCGAAACUGACCUUGAAAACGCUGCGUUUCAAGCUCCGAAGAACAACAAUUCGCCGAUUCUCCUUGAUGUGACCGGAAUGAUGUGCGGCGCGUGUGUUUCGCGCGUCAAAUCGAUACUCUCCGCAGACGAGAGAGUUGAGUCCGCCGUGGUCAACAUGUUGACCGAAACGGCGGCGGUGAAGCUGAAACCGGAGGCGUUGUUGGAGGGAGAAGUGUCGGCGAGUAUUGGUGAGAGUUUGGCGAAGAGAUUGAGCGAGUGUGGAUUUGAAGCGAAGAAGAGGGUAUCGGGAAAUGGAGUGGCAGAGAAUGUAAAAAAGUGGAAAGAUAUGGUUAAAAAGAAAGAGGAGCUGAUCGUUAAGAGUAGGAAUCGGGUGGUUUUUGCUUGGACAUUGGUUGCUUUGUGUUGUGGAUCUCAUGCUUCUCAUAUCUUGCACUCUCUUGGGAUUCACGUUGGUCAUGGUUCGGUCUUGGAGGUGCUGCAUAAUUCGUAUGUGAAGGGAGGCUUAGCUUUGGGAUCUCUCUUGGGACCAGGAAGAGACUUGCUUGUUGAUGGUCUAAGGGCAUUCAAGAAGGGAUCACCGAAUAUGAAUUCUCUUGUGGGAUUUGGAUCCAUUGCUGCAUUUGUCAUCAGUGCGAUCUCGCUUCUCAACCCUGCGCUUGAAUGGGAUGCAUCUUUCUUUGAUGAACCGGUCAUGCUUCUUGGUUUUGUGCUUCUAGGACGUUCUCUUGAAGAAAAGGCUAGGAUCAGGGCAUCUAGUGAUAUGAAUGAACUUCUUGCACUCAUGUCCACUCAGUCACGACUUGUAAUUACUCCAUCGGAUAGCAAUUCCCCUACGGAAAAUGUUCUUUGUUCUGAUGCUAUUUGCACUGAAGUCCCCACUGAUGAUGUCCGAGUUGGAGACACAUUGUUAGUUCUGCCUGGAGAAACUAUUCCUGUAGAUGGGAGAGUUCUUGCAGGAAGAAGUGUUGUGGACGAAUCCAUGCUUACUGGGGAAUCACUGCCUGUAUUUAAGGAAGAAGGGCUCAAAGUCUCAGCUGGAACAAUAAACUGGGAUGGUCCUUUAAGGGUAGAGGCAUUGUCUACUGGCUCCAACUCAACAAUAUCUAGGAUCAUUCGUAUGGUUGAGGAUGCUCAAGGCAGCGAAGCGCCUAUACAAAGGCUUGCAGACUCAAUAGCUGGACCUUUUGUUUAUAGUGUAAUGACUGUAUCUGCAGCAACUUUUGCCUUUUGGUAUUACAUUGGUUCACAUGUUUUCCCUGAUGUUUUGCUCAAUGAUAUUGCUGGACCAGAUGGAGAUCCUUUGCUGUUGAGCUUGAAACUUUCUGUGGAUGUCUUGGUAGUUUCCUGCCCAUGUGCACUGGGACUUGCCACACCAACUGCAAUCCUAGUUGGAACAUCGCUUGGAGCAAAGCAAGGACUUCUAAUAAGAGGAGGAGAUGUAUUGGAACGCUUAGCAAGCAUUAGUUAUGUUGCUCUUGAUAAGACAGGAACCCUCACUGAAGGAAAGCCUGCUGUUUCUGCUGUGGCCUCAAUCUCUUACGAAGAAUCAGAAAUUCUUCAAAUGGCAUUUGCUGUAGAGAGAACAGCAUUGCAUCCAAUUGCAAAAGCUAUUGUAAACAAAGCAGAAUCAUUAAAAUUGACUAUCCCGGAAACAAGAGGACAAUUGACGGAACCAGGUUUUGGAACCUUAGCUGAAGUAGAUGGACGUUUGGUUGCAGUAGGUUCCUUGGAUUGGGUUAACGAAAGAUUCCAGAGAAGAACAAAACUGUCUGAUCUAAAGGAUCUGGAAACUAAAGUGACGUAUCAGUCCUCAGAAGGGAUGCCAUCAUCAAACUAUUCAAAAACAGUUGUCUAUGUUGGACGAGAAGGGGAAGGCAUCAUUGGUGCUAUUGCAAUAUCUGACUGUUUGCGCCAUGAUGCUGAAUCUACUAUAAGUAGGCUCCAGCAGAAGGGUAUCAACACGGUCCUCUUAUCAGGAGACAGGGAAGAGGCAGUUGCAACCAUAGCAAACAGAGUUGGUAUAGAAAGUGAAUUUAUCAAUGCAUCCUUGACUCCACAGAAAAAAUCUGAAGUAAUAUCAAGUCUUCAAGCAGCAGGGCAUCGUGUUGCAAUGGUAGGUGAUGGAAUAAAUGAUGCACCUUCUUUGGCUCUUGCUGAUGUUGGAAUUGCCAUCCAGAAUGAAGCUCAAGAAAAUGCUGCAUCUGAUGUCGCAUCCAUUAUACUUCUUGGCAACAGACUUGCACAAGUUGUAGAUGCCCUGGAUCUUUCACGAGCAACAAUGGCCAAAGUGUACCAAAAUUUAUCAUGGGCAAUAGCGUAUAAUGUUGUUGCUAUUCCUAUUGCGGCCGGAGUACUGCUUCCGCAAUACGAUUUUGCCAUGACUCCUUCACUUUCAGGUGGACUGAUGGCCUUGAGCUCGAUAUUUGUUGUCUCCAACUCAUUGCUUCUACAGCUCCAUAGAUCUGAAACUGGGAGGAACAGAGAGAGAAGUACGUGAGUUACAGAUACGCCUAAGUCUCAACUUCUUUAUGGAUUUGCUUGAAUAAAAUUAAGAAAUGCCUGCCAUUGUAUCUGUGUCAAGUCUGCAGUGUAAGCAUGGAGUAUUUAUUCUGCACUCUAUUUGUCUUUUAUUUCUUUGACAUCGCGCAAGUAAAACAAUAAAUUUAUGAGAUGAAAUGGUUGAGGCAUUGCUUCUAAUGGUUGCAUGCAACCAUAAAUUUGUCA